CAGCUCGCAGCAGCGGCGGCAGCAGCGCCCCGGGCGGGCCGGAGCGGCCCCGCCGCCGGAGCCGGGCCACGAGCGGCGGCGGGACACGCUCGGCACCGCUCCCGCAGCCCCGCAGCCCCGCAGCAUGCACGGCCCCGAGCAGCCAGCUCGUGGACAGCGGCGCUGAGCGCGGCGGGGCCGGCGCGGGGCCCGGCCGGAGCCCCGGGCGGCAGCAGCAGCAGCAGCAGCAGCCGCAGCCCCGCGCCGACGGCGGCGGCAGCACCAUGGACAGCUCAGGUGCCUCGUCACCAGACAUGGAGUCCAGCUACGGGGGAGGCCUGCUGGACAUGGUGAAGGGAGGAGCAGGGAGGCUCUUCAGCAACCUGAAGGACAACCUGAAGGACACCCUGAAGGACACCUCCUCCAAGGUCAUGCAGUCUGUGGCCAGUUACACCAAGGGAGAGCUGGAUAUUUCCUACAUUACCUCAAGGAUCAUAGUGAUGUCUUUUCCUGCUGAGGGCGUGGAGCUGGGAUUCAGGAACCACAUUGAGGACGUCAGGACCUUCCUGGACUCCAGGCACCCCGACCACUACACCGUGUUCAACUUGUCACCCAAAUAUUAUCGCAGUGCCAAGUUCCACAACAGGGUGUCUGAGUGCAGCUGGCCCGUCCGGCAGGCGCCCAGCCUGCACAACCUCUACGCUGUCUGCAAGAACAUGCACAACUGGCUGCAGCAGAACCCCAAAAACGUCUGUGUCAUCCACUGCAUGGACGGCCGUGCAGCCUCAGCAGUUCUGGUCAGCGCAAUGUUCUGUUUCUGUCACCUCUUCUCUCAUCCUGGCCCUGCUGUGCAGCUGCUGAACACAAAGAGACCUGGGAUUGUCCUGUGGCCGUCUCACAGGAGGUACAUAGGGUACAUUUGUGACCUCAUAGCAGACAAACCCGUCAUCCCCCACUGCAAACCCCUCACGAUCAAGUCCGUCACCCUGAGCCCCGUCCCCUGCUUCAACAAGCAGCGCAACGGCUGCCGGCCCUUCUGCGACAUCCUGAGCGGGGAGACCCGGAUCCUCAGCACCUCCCAGGAGUACGAGAGGAUGAAAGAAUACCGUGUGCAGGAAGGGAAGGUGCUGAUCCCACUGGGAGCCACUGUCCAUGGAGAUGUUGUUGUGUCUGUCUACCACAUGAGAUCCACCAUCGGGGGACGCCUCCAAGCCAAAAUGACCAACACACAAAUAUUCCAAAUUCAAUUUCACACUGGAUUCAUAGCCCUGGGAACAACCACUCUCAAAUUCACCAAGCCUGAGCUGGAUGCCUGUGACUCUCCAGACAAAUAUCCUCAGCUUUUUCAUGUUAUACUGGACAUAGAAAUACAGUCUGCAGACAGACAAACUGAAUUAACUCCCCCAUGGGAGAACUUCACAACAAAAGACAUCAAUCCCUCCAUUCUCUUCUCCUCCCACCAGGAGCACCAGGACACUCUUGCUUUGGCAGGCAGAGGUGCCACGGAUUCCCCCCAGGAUAACAUCAGGAACGUUGGGCAGAGUGCAUUCUUCUCCUCUCUCAGCUGGCAAGAUCAGAAAUCUGACAAAAGUAGCUCUCACCCCACCUCAGAGGAUCGAGCAGCGUUGGUGCAUGAGGAAAGCGAACAGUCAGAUGACGAACUCUUGUCCCUUUCCAGUCAGCACAGUAAUGCCAGCGGCGACAAGCCCCACGGGACACCCAAACACAGCAAAAAGCAGCAGGAGCCUCCAGCAGCACCUCCCCCUGAAGACGUGGACCUGCUGGGCCUGGAUGGCAGCCCCAUGAGCAAGAGCUUUCCCCCGCAGCCCAGCGCUGCCCCCUCUAACUCUGACCUGCUGAAUGAUCUGUUUGGGGUCGGGGGGCCGAGCUCGCAGAGCCCUGCUGCAGCUGCUGCUGAGGAGGUUUUCCCCGUGGGGGCACCUGGAUCUGUGCAGUCGACCCCGCGGCGCUCGGCAGCCUCGGCGUCGCCGUCCCCGUCCCCCAGGGUAGGAGAAGCCACUGCCUUUGAUCCUUUUGGAAGCAGCCCCAAGCAAACUGGUCCAGACCUCCUGGGCUCCUUCCUUGGCUCAUCAGCUGUCCCUGGGGAUCCUUUCCUCCAAGCCACAAGGAGCCCUUCACCAACGGUGCACAGCGAUCCCUUUCACAUGGCUUCAGGCACUCCAACAGUUUCCAUCCAACCAGAUGUUUCCAGUGGUUGGGACUGGCCCAACAAAGCAGGUGGUUUAGGAAUGGGAAGUAAGUCUGCUGCCACCAGUCCUACAGGAUCCCUCCACAGCACUCCCACUCAUCAGGCUAAACCCCAAACACUGGAUCCAUUUGCUGAUCUGGGAAGUCUUGGAGCGAGUUUAGCAGGUGGCCCCUCGUUCGCCAGCAAGCCCACCACGCCGACGGGCAUGGCCGGGGCCUUCCCGCCGUCCCCACAGAAGGCACCGCCACAGCCCAUGGGGGGCAGCGGGUGGCAGCAGGGCACGGGCUACGGCUGGCAGGGGACACAGGCCAAGGGCCAGCCCAGCGUGCCCCACGCCUCCCCCCAGAACAAACCCAACUACAACGUCAGCUUCUCGGCCACGGGGGCGCAGGGCGAGCGCGGCAAAGGAGCUGCUAAUGUCGAUUCCAAGCCAAAGGUGUCUGCAGAUUUUGAAGAUUUAUUAUCUGGUCAAGGCUUUAAUGCUCACAAGGACAAGAAGGGUCCCAAAACAAUAGCUGAGAUGAGAAAAGAAGAAAUGGCAAAGGAGAUGGACCCUGAGAAACUAAAAGUCCUGGAGUGGAUUGAAGGCAAGGAGAGGAACAUCAGGGCUCUGCUGUCCACCAUGCACACGGUGCUGUGGGCAGGGGAGACCAAGUGGAAGCCUGUGAGUAUGGCAGACCUGGUGACCCCAGAGCAGGUGAAGAAGGUGUACAGGCGGGCUGUGCUCGUCGUUCACCCCGACAAGGCUACUGGGCAGCCAUAUGAACAAUAUGCAAAGAUGAUAUUUAUGGAGCUGAACGAUGCCUGGUCAGAAUUUGAAAACCAAGGACAAAAACCCUUGUAUUAGGUACUUUGUCAGCCUCCACUCCAGACCCGUGCUAGUGCUUAUUUAGUCUCUUGUCACAAAUGUCACAGAUCAACCAAACUCUGGCUGGAAAUUCACAAGUUUCAGAAAACUAAGAGCCUAAUACUUAUCAUGAAGAACAUGAGAAAGGUUUCCUAACACUUGUCUCCAGAAUCCUGAGCUCAGAGGAACUCUGACCACCUGGCUCAGCCCCACCAGAGCCACAGGGUUACAGUUUCUGGUAACUUUUCUAUUUCAUUUUGGGUUCCAGUGGGACAAGAGAGAACACAUACUGGGAGAAGGUGGAACUGGUCUGUCUCCAACAAAGUGUAGCUGGUGAAUUUCCUACCUUGUUUUUGUGAGGUGUGAUAUGGCAACGCUUCAGUUGAGUUCAACAACUGCUGGUGAGGCCCAAACUUGGAUGUAUGUUAUUUUUUCCCUGGGUUUGGAUGGAAUUAUCCACUUGAAGUGCUCAGCUGUGGUUUAGGCACACUCCUAACAGUCACCAUUUGCUGCUUAAUUGCUCAUCUAGUGUAGUCUGGCUGAAGAGAGCCCAAGCUGAAUCCUGGGCUGGGUCAGUGUGGCAGCUGCUUUUGCAUUGGUUAAUGCUGUGCUUCACCUGCCAGCCCCGCAGUGAAAUGUGCAGGCAGAAUUCCUCCAGAUGCUUUGGAAAGCGAGCAGCGAGUCCUUGGGGCAGCAGCCCCUUGCUGGUUUGGUAAGCAGCAGUUCUGGGGGGAAGGGAGGGUGAAUCCACCUUGGAUUAUUAUAAUAUAUUAUAAU